AGCGAACGAACGAAUGAUUCACUUCGGGUGCUCGUUGAUUGUUGAAGUUCAGGUGCAUCGCGUUCCAAGGCAGAAAUUCACCUCCCUAGUUUUAGUGCAUUUUUCGCCCGAAAACCCUUUCAAAAUUACUCGAAUUAAUGUGUAAAACAUAACUGCCAUGAAUACGCACCUGGUAGUGAUAUUUUUGGUGGCUUUUGGCAAAGCCACCGUCGAGGGCCAGAAGAGCUGUGACAUCCCGAAGGUCCUCCAGGGAACCUGGUUCAGCUGGGAGGUAGGCGAACCGACGACGACCACCAUCGACGAGUGGAGUUACGAGCGCCAGGGUCCGAAGCAGGGCCGCCAACGGACCGAGUGUGUGGCCAGUUCCCGCAACGGGUCCGAUCACACCCUGAUCUUCAAGGGCAGCGAGUGCUACACCUGUGUGAAGGCGUUUCCGCGUACGCUGAACGUGUUUGAGAAGUUUGAAACACCAUGUGUGACGCUGGAGCGUAACGAGAAGCCUACGAUUGACCGCAUUUGUCGGGGGUUGAGACAGGAUCAGCAGUUGAUAACGUUGUUCAACAAGAAUUUCGUUCCCAUCAGUUGCCGUUCUUCGCUGGAAGGAGUUUGGCAUUUUGCUUAUCAGAACCGUUUCCGAUUCACCGGAGAGUGCGACAGCCCGGAUGCCAAAAUCCAAUCCUGUCAAACGCCCGGUACGCAGUUCUUGAUUCAGAACCAGAAAUUCAACAUCACCUACCGCCAGUGCCAGGGUAUGGAUGGCACCUUCAACGGCGUGGUCGAGUUCAGCUGUCUGGGCGAUUGGUUCAUCGGGAAGAAUCACUACUUUGCCGUGGUCAAUACGAAAGAAUCUCGAGAGGACGAAAAGUACCGUUGCUUCCUGAAGAAUCGUGACGAUGAUCUGUACAUUGGAGCUUCGAUUACGGCCGAAUGCAACACGUUGAAAACGGUCGAAAAGUCCCCGGAACGCUAUCGAGUCACGCCUGUAAAGUCGGAAGUUGUGGAACCGGGAUGCAGAUUCCCACAGAACUUCACCGGAGAGUGGAUCAACACGGCCAACAUCGACGCUGAAGUCGUCAUCAACGAAACGCACAUAAUCGAAACGUACUAUCCGGAUCGUGCACGUUACCGGAGAACGAUCUACGUCUGCCGGGAGCAACGUGACACCAGGAUCAUGAUGGCCCGCCUCACGGUCGAUGGUUGCCAAAAGGAUUACAUUUGCUUCGAUUUUGUGCCUCGGCAUCAUAACGUUAUUCGCUACCGCAAAGGAACCGCCGUCAUCAAGAACGAUUUCAGUACCGUUUGCUCGUGGGUUCAAUUCCCCAACAAGGAAGAAUGGCGCUACGAUCUGUACCUGGCGGCCAAACCUGUACCGGUACGAUGUCCAGUCGCUGGUAAAUUUAACUUCACCCAGAAAGGUGAAUCGCCCUUCAAGACGCGUAUUCUCGGUGGUGUCACGCUGAGUCCCCGUCCGGAUAUUCGCUGCAAGCAGAACAUAUCGGACUUUUCGGUCUGCGACACGGAUCAGAAGGAAAUGGCCAUCGAUGCCGAUUACUGUCUCUCGGUGGAUUAUCUCGGUCGCCCGGUCGAUAUCUACAGCGACCCGGAUUACCGCAUGAAGUGCAUCGGGUACUGGCAGGAGAAUCUGAAGUCCUAUCUCAUCACCUACGACGAUCUGGAUCCGCUGUCCAAGUAUCGAUGCUGGGUUUAUCAACGGGCCGAUUUGAACCGAGUGCUGAUGUCGCAAGCCGUUGGGGCGUUUUGCGAUGUAAGGCAGGACGUAACGUCCUGGAAUUAUACCGAGGGGGCGGUGGUUGCAGUGGACAUGACCGAGUACGAGCGAGAACGUGAUCAAUGCCCGAUGCAUUUUGACGACGGGGAGAAUCCAUGGCAGGAGACGGAAAACUACAUCAAGGUGUUUCCUUGGUUGAUCUACAGAAGUACCACCAGUGCGAUCGACGGAACGGUAAAUGCGUUUCUAGUGUCGAUGGCCGCUUUACUGCUAAAGUUACUCUUCUAAACCCUGGCAUUUUUAGGGAGGACAAAAUCUCGGAUAGUAUUUUAGUGCGAUUUAUUUCCGUGUUCAGGUAAGUGAAGACAUCUCGUAUUUUAGAUAGUAGAUUGUAGGGUAACGUGUCCGUCCACAAUGAUCAUAGCGAAUGUGAUCAACCAUUCCGUGCCUUUAAUAAGUUUCGAACUCAUUCGGGUUGUUCACGAAUUGAUGUAGGUAGAUAAUAUAAAUCGUGAGCAUUUGAAAGACAUUUUUAGUCAUAAAGUAUUCGAACAUAGUGUUCAUCAUUCUGUUGUAAUAUAUCUCCACUAUAGAUGUUGAAAUGAAUCGAUGAAUAAAUUUUACAUUUUUGUAAGGAACCAUA